AUGAACAUUGAAGACAAGCUGGGAGGAUUAUUUCUUAAAUGUGGUGGCAUAGACCAAAUGCAGUCAUCCAGGGCUAUGGUAGGGAUGGGUGCAGUAUCUGACCAGUCUGGAGUAUCGGGAGAACGGCAAGAAUCAGUGCUUCAAGAUCGGACUAUGGCGCACCAAGAAAUUCUCGCGACAGAUGAAGUGUUACAGGAGAGUGAACUUCGACAGCAGGAGAUGAUUUCUCAUGAUGAACUCAUGGUCCAUGAGGAGACGGUAAAAAAUGAUGAUGACAUGGAUACGCAAGAUAGACUUCCUCAAGGGCUGCAGUAUGCUGUUAAUGUCCCUAUCAGUGUAAAGCAAGAAAUUACCUUUACUGAUGCAUCUGAACAGCAGAAACGAGACAAAAAACAAAUACGAGAGCCAGUAGAUUUGCAGAAAAAGAAGAAAAGAAAACAGCGUUCACCAGCAAAAAUCCUUACAAUAAAUGAGGAUGGAUCACUUGGUCCGAAAACCCACAAAUCUCAUGUUUGUGAGCAUUGCAAUGCUGCCUUUAGAACCAACUACCAUUUACAGAGACAUGUCUUCAUUCAUACAGGUGAAAAACCAUUUCAGUGCAGUCAGUGCGACAUGCGUUUCAUACAGAAGUACCUGCUACAGAGGCAUGAGAAGAUUCAUACUGGUGAAAAGCCAUUUCGUUGUGAUGAAUGUGGUAUGAGGUUUAUCCAGAAGUAUCACAUGGAAAGGCACAAAAGAACUCACAGUGGAGAGAAGCCUUACCAGUGUGAAUAUUGUUUGCAGUAUUUCUCCAGAACUGACCGUGUGUUGAAACAUAAACGUAUGUGCCACGAGAACCGCGACAAGAAACCGAACAGAAGUGCCACCAAAGUUGGCUUUUUGCCAUCAGAGGAAGAUUCUGGUUUCUCCACACCUAUGAAAGACAGCUCCUUGCCAAAGAAGAAAAGGCAGAAAACAGAGAAAACAAAAUCUGGAGAUAAGGAAAGUAUGGAUAAAUCAGAACAGAAGAAGGACAAAAAUGACUAUUUGCCUUUGUACUCUUCCAGUACUAAAGUAAAAGAUGAAUACAUGGUAGCAGAAUACGCUGUUGAGAUGCCGCAUUCUUCGGUGAGCGGAACGCACUUACAAGAAGCAAAUUCUGGAGAAAUACACCCACCUAAGCUCGUUCUCAAAAAAGUUAACAGCAAGAGGAGUCUGAAACAGCCACUUGAGCAAAGUCAAACCAUUUCACCUUUAUCUACAUAUGAAGACAACAAGGUGUCGAAGUAUGCCUUUGAUCUUGUGGAUAAGCAAAGUUUACUGGACUCUGAAGGUAACACUGACAUCGAUCAAGUUGACACAUUACAGGAAGGGCCCAGUAAACCUGUGCACAGCAGCACUAACUAUGAUGAUGCAAUGCAAUUUUUAAAGAAAAAGAGAUAUCUACAAGCAGCUACUAAUAACAGGGAGUAUGCCUUGAAUGUAAGUACCAUAGCAUCUCAACCUUCAGUAACACAGGCAGCUGUGGCCAGCGUCAUUGAUGAAACCGCUACAGCCUCAAUAUUAGAUACACAGGCGCUGAAUGUUGAAAUUAAAGGUAACCACGACAAAAAUGUCAUUCCAGAUGAGGUACUGCAAACUCUGUUAGAUCAUUAUUCACACAAGGCUAAUGGACAACAUGAGAUAUCUUUCAGUGUGGCUGACACUGAGGUGACCUCCAGUAUAUCAAUCAAUUCUUCUGAAGUAUCUGAGGUCACUCAAUCUGAGACAGUUGGAACAAGCUCUCAAGCUUCCUCAUCAGAUAAAGCUAGUAUGUUACAGGAAUAUUCAAAGUUUUUACAACAAGCUUUGGACAGAACUAGCCAAAACGAUGCCUAUUUGAACAACCCGAGCCUUAAUUUUGUGACUGAUAACCAGACUCUUUCAACACAGCCAGCAUUUCCUUCCAUGGAGAAGGUCUACACAUCUAUACCCGUCAACAGCUUUCGAUCGGGAAUGAACUCUCCAUUAAGAACAACUCCAGACAAGUCUCAUUUUGGACUAAUGGUUGGUGACUCACAGCACCCUUUUCCCUUUUCAGGUGAUGAGGCAAAUCAUUCUUCUUCCUCCUCCACACAGGACUUCUUGGAUCAAGUAACUUCUCAGAAGAAAGCAGAGGCACAACCUGUUCAUCAAGCAUAUCAAAUGAGCUCUUUUGAGCAGCCCUUUAGAGCUCAGUACCAUGGGGCAAGAGCUGGAAUAUCAUCUCAGUUUAGCACUGCCAAUGGACAGGUGAACCUUCGGGGACCAGGGACAAGUGCUGAUUUCCCAGAAUUUCCCUUGGUGAAUGUAAAUGAUAGCAGAGCUGGGAUGAAUUCUUCACCUGAUGCCACAACGGGCCAGACUUUUGGCUAAGAAAUCUUU